AGACGCACAUUGUUGAGAAUGUAACUAUCUAUCUCCCCUGUCACCAUGCCAAUGGCUCCUCAGCUUCCUUAUCCAAUCUCUUUUCUUUUGCUUUCGCUUUUGCUUUUGCUUCCAUUUUCUGUAUUUCCGGCUUACGGCAGCAUAACGCCGGGUUCAUCCCUCACUGCCAAUCCCGACAACUCUUCCUGGCCAUCAUUUUCCGGCGACUUUGCCUUCGGCUUCCGGGAAGUCAGAGCCGGGGCUUACUUGCUCGCCAUCUGGUUCCACAAGAUCCCUGAGAAAACCAUUGUGUGGUCGGCCAACGGCGCCGCUCUAGCCCCACAGGGGUCCACCGUCGAGCUCACUGAAGAUGGCAGGUUUCUGCUCAGUGACCCAAAAGGCCAGCCGAUAUGGGUUCCCACUUUCUCUGGCGGCCCUGUUGCCUACGCAGCCAUGCUCGAUAGCGGCAACUUCGUUCUCGUGAGCGGCAGCGGGUCUAAUUCUACCACCACUCUGUGGCAGAGCUUUGACGAGCCGACCGACACUAUUUUGCCCUCCCAGAUACUGAAUCGGGACGGUAGGCUCGUUGCUCGUUACGCGGAGACAAACUACUCCAAUGGAAGAUUCGAGUUGCUUCUACAAAAGGAUGGAAAUCUUGUGCUUGCCACCACGAAUUUGCCGGUCCUCGAUUCCGUUAAUGCUGUUUACUGGUCCCCUGAAACCCGCUGCAGCGGCUAUCAGCUGAUCUUCAAUGAAUCCACCGGCUACAUCUACGUCAUAUCCAAGGAUGGAAAAAUACUCAGCCUGGUAUCUUCAGUUGCAGCUCCGAGCAGCCAGUUCUACCAGCGUGCGAUUGUCGAAAGCGAUGGAGUUUUCCGGCGAUACGUCUACCCAAAAUCCGCCGGCGAGAAGCCUCUGGCUUGGUCUGUUCUCUCCUUAAUACCGUCAGAUAUAUGUUUGAGUAUCACCCAGAGCACUGGAAGCGGUGUUUGUGGCUUCAACAGCUACUGUGCACUUGGCAGCGAUCAGAGGGCGAGAUGUGAAUGCCCAUCUGGGUACGCUUUCUUUGACCCAAAUGAUCGGACAAGUGGAUGCAAGCCGGACUUUGUUCCACAGAAUUGUGAUGAAGAGUUGCGGAAAACCGAGCUUUUUGAGUUUGUGGACAUGGCGAACACGGAUUGGCCGCUGAACGAUUACGAGUAUUACCAGCCGGUGACGGAAGAGUGGUGCCGAGGGGUUUGCCUGAGCGAUUGCUUCUGUGCCGUAGCCAUUUUCAGAGAGGGAAACUGCUGGAAGAAGAGAAGCCCCCUCUCCAAUGGGAGGAUUGAUCCCAGUGUCGGUGGGAAAGCUUUGAUCAAAGUGAGGAAACACUAAUCUCAAGCAACUAUUUGUAUGGAAAAGCCCUACAUACAAUAAAAAAUAAUUAAUCCAUGUGAAUGUGAUGUCUAUCUUGCAUUUUCAUUCUUUGAUUAAAUGUUGCUCCAAAGACUUGAAUAAAUCUCCAAUCCGAUUGGAGAGGAUAGAACUUCUUGUGAAACGAUAGUAAUGCACUUCUACCAAGAAAAAAAUUGAUGGUCAUGCAUAUUAUUUGUGGGAAAUAAUGUUCUUACUUAGUUCUGUAAAAAAAAAAAAAGGGCCCCUUUGUGAAGUUUGAAAUAUA